AUGUCUACCACUACACGGCGCACUACGCGUCGCACCGCCGCCGCCGCAGUUACCGAGUCCUCGCAGUCCGCAUCAAGGCAAAGCUCACAGUCGGCAUCGCCUGCUCCAGAGCCGGCACCCAAGAAGAAGCCUGGCCGCAAGCCCAAGGCUGCCAAGGUCGAGUCGCAGACUGUGACGGAGUCGCAGCAGACAGCCACAAAGAGUCGCGCUACGUCACGCGCAAAUGCCGCGCCCCAAGUCACUGCCACAACAACCACAUCAUCCACAACCACCACCACGGCAAAAGCUCCCGUCGUGGCUAAGAAGCUCACCAGAGCCGCUCGCGCAGAAUUGAAAGCAGCAGGCGUAGAGGCCUCACCACAGCGCAGUCUAGAACAGACAAAACCUGCGAAGCAGGGUCGCGGUACAGCCCGGCAGAAGGCCACCAGUCAGAAGCGAAAAGCAGUUGCUGCCAAGCUGGCGGCUACAACUGUUGAGAGCAGCGAAGACGAGGCUGCUGCCGAUAACGAAGAUGGCGUGGGCCUCUUCUUCACCAAAAGUAAGCACCGUUUUCUCCACAGCAACCCAUCCCCAGAACACGCCAUCGACAAUGAGAUUCUCAAAGAGGAGAACGCGGAGCAGCUCAGGGAGAUUUACCACCUCCGCGCGCGUGUGACAGAUCUUGAGGCUUGCAACCAGAAUCUUGCCGACAUGUUGCAUCAGAAAGAUCAGCAGAUGGCCGAGUAUGAGAGCGAGAACCUCCGUCUGCGCAUGAAAAAUACGCGUCUGCAUACAAAAUUCGACAGUGAACUAGUAGGAAUCAGCGAAUCAUCUCCAGCACAGGGUGUGUUUGUAAACGGCAAUGAGGAAGCUCUGGCGCUCCUCCACAAGAUUGAGAGCAACGCCAAGGAGACCCGACGUAUCGAGCCAUCAAGCAACGACAGUGAAACAUUUGAAGACAAUGACGUUGCUAUGGAACCUUCACCACAACAGUCUGUCAAGAGAACAUUUCAGGAGGUCUCAGCAACUCCUGAUCGCCCCGUCGCGACACCAUCCAAUAUCUUCAGCAGAUCAUUCUCCGCCUUAAAAUCCAAACUCUUCUCCUCGACCCCCAAACCUCCCCCAACCCCCGAGGUCGCUUCACCCACUGUCACAAAACCUCUACCACCUCAGGACACAAUUACUGAGACCCUAUCACUCCCACCCACACCCGUUGGCGAGCGCGUCAAGACACCAAGAAAGAGGCGUAUGCCCACCAACCCAUUGAUGAUUCUUCUACUUAGAGGCAUCGACCGUGAGGACAAACAGAAAGCAGAGGAAUGGGCCAAGCAAAUCAUCCCCACAUUGAGGAACGAUCCCGCUUUUCGCGAGAAGCGUAAGCGUCUUGAGACACCAGUCCUAUGCAAGGACCUGCCAAACUUCCCUUCAGCCAAGCCUUGGGAGACUGGCUUUGGCGACCCCCUUGGCGAUCUGGACGAUGAAGAUGAAGUACCAGUCUGGGCUGUCUACAUGGACAUUGUAGCCGAGGAAGAAGAGCACGCCGCCAAAAAGCACAAGAAGACUCACGAUGUCACAAUUGCCGAUGACGAAGUUCCCACCAUUGACGAGCAGUUCGCCGCCAGCAACAGCGCGCGUGCUUCCCCUAAUCUCUUUGAUAGCCAUGGCCAGUCUGCCUCCAUCCGCGACUUCCACCCCCGUCGUUCAAUCGACCCCUCACCCAUGUUCUCCAACUCCAUGUCACACAACACCGGCGGUAACAUCUUCAGCGAAUUGCAAGGACACGAUACCGCGGCAGAGAUCCGUGAGAAAGAUCGCGAGAUUCUCAAAGUUGCGACCAAGGAGACUACUGAGGGCGCCCACACUCAUAACCCUAACAUGGGUUCAUUCAGCGUUCCUGAUGACUCUGAUGAAGAAGAUUCAACAAUGGGCAGCGAGACAUCUGAUACCGAGGCUACUCCAGUCUGGACCCAACCACCACCACCAGCCCCCGUUCCUGCGCACGCCCCACUACCUGGAGGGUCUACAGACGAUUCGCCUCCCACCCCGACCCGUCAGCAGCCAGGAGAUGAGAUUGAGCGUCAGCGCCAGAGACUCAUGAAGCACACACCUGCUAAGCCUUCUCGUCUCCGAGAGGCGACCUACCCUUCACCAAGCGUUCUUUCUGAAGCUGGUAAUGAGUCGCUUCUUGCCGCCACUCCCGCACAGAUGGCUGCUUCUGCGGCUACCAUGGCCAACAUACUGGACGACAUGCCGGUAGCAGAGAUGAUUGAACUUGACGAUGAAUGCCAAGCCGCUUUCGACGAGCUCAUUAACAGUCAAGAGUACCAACAAAAGCUCACCGUCGAAUGGCAAACUCCUAUCAUCACCUACGAAUCAGAUGAGGAGGAGCCGAGCCCUACCUCCCCUUAA